AUGUCUGACAAUAAGAACGUCGUUGAUCGUCUUGAGAAGGAUCAAAUGGAUGUCUCUGAUUCAAAUUUAGCAGUGGCUUCAGAUGAUGUAUCUGGUUCCGCAGGCAGUGUUAAAAAUAUUAAGCAUUCAACAUCUUCGGAACGCCAAAUUAAAUUUGAAAGAGCACAAAAGUGUCUAGAAAAUGCUGCACUUGUUUCUAAGCGUAUAAAAGAGCAUCGGAAAGCAACAGCAGAACUUUUGGGAAAGCCGUUUGAUGAUGAAGUUGAAGAUACAGCAUCAGAAAUGGCAUCCACCAUGAGCGAAAGAACCGGUUACUCUGUGGCUACUGACACUUCAACAACUUUAUCUGUUCAAGAUGCUUUAAACAUUCCUGGUAUUAGUGAAAGUUUAGCAAAUACAUUAAAACAAAAAGAGUUGUUAAUGGAAAGGAUAAAACAGUACAAGGAGAUCAGUAAAAGGCCAAUGAAAAAAUCAGCACCUAUAAAAAAAGAGAUACCAUCCGAUAGUGCACCUUUACAUGAUAUUAAAAAGGGAGAUAAUAGCUCUGUUGUUACAAAAUUAAUAAGCACUAUUAAAGAAAAGGAAAAUGUGCUUAGUGUUAUGCAAGUAAAAAUGAAAGCUUUGGAAACAACUAUUUUAGACUUACAAGAGAAGAUUAAUGAAAAAGAUCAGAUCAUUGAGGCUAAGAAUAAAGCCACUACAUUAAUAUCUGAUAGCCUGAGUAAAAAAGAAAGAGAUACUCUGGAUUUACUUGAAGAUACUCGACAACAAAUGAGUCAAAUGCAGUCUAAUUUUAUUGCAAUGGAGACUGAAUGGAACGAUGAAAAACAAAGACUACUCAAACAAAUUAGCGAACAAGAGGAAAAAAUUAAAAGUCUAGAAGAAGCCAACACAAUACUGGAAAAAUCUCGGUUUGAGAUUGGAGUAUCAUAUUCAAAAUUAGUAGAAGAAUUAGAAGUAAAGAAUAAAGAAAUUGAAGAACUGCAAGAAAAAAUACAAACAAUAACAAAAGCAAGUGUUUUGGAAUCAUCUUUAGAGGAUAAUGAUAAUGAUGUCAAAGAAGAAAAGGGUACACUUGAAAUAUCCGAAAUGAUAGAAUUGACGAAAAAAAUUGAAUUAUUAGAGCAGAUCAACUGCCAAAUGCGACAGACCAACAAGGAUUUGGAAAGUCAGAUUUCUGUUAUGUAUCAGGAGCAGAAACCUACAUCAAGUUCACCUAUCAAAAAAGCAAGCCCUCACCCAACUCGAAAGGGAGGAAGAAAUACAGCAUCUAAAACUAAGUCACCCUGGAGCAACCUAUCUGCUGAUAUAUCACAUCAAGAAACAGAAAAAUCAAAUGUGAAAAAUGAAACCAUGAUGAAACAUGAGUUAAUAGUUCAAUCUCUUAACAAAGAUAUAUUGGAAAAAGAAUAUUUACUCUCACAUAAAGAUGAGAUUGCUUUACUAAAUGAAGAAAUAGAGAUAGCUAACAAAAACAUGAUUAAAGUUAAGUCAAAUUACAAAGUUAAACUAAAACAAAUGCAAAAAACUAUAGAUAACUUCAGUAAAGUAUCUGAUGCUAACACUGAAAUAGUAAAACUGAAUGAGGAAUUACAUCAAUUAUCACAAAAAGUUGCCGAGUUAGAGGAAGAAAAAGGGAACCUACAAUUACAUCUUGUUGAUUAUGACAGCGGUCGCUUAACAGAAUCUGAGGUUUAUAAGAAAUUGGUGGAGGUGGAGAACUUAGCAGAUUCUCGACUUAAAUCAAUAACUUUAUUGGAAACACAAAAAUUUGAACUUGUCCAAGAACUUCACGUUCUACAACAGAAAAAUAAUGAUAUGGAAGAUAAAUUAGCAGAUAUGGCCCAGCUACAAAAUGAACAUGUAUGUUCGGAAAUAAAGUCAGUGCAGCUAGAGGAACAAAUAGAUGAAUUAAUUGCAUCUAAAAAGGAAUUACAACUUCAGAUAGAGGACCUAAAAGUAGAUAACGAACAAGCUUGGAAAGCAAUAAAGGCUUUAGAGGAAGAAAAAGAAGAAGUAAUUCAUAAACUAGAAAAUUACAUACAGGAAAACAUGGAACUCACAGACAAGCUUGAAAAACUCAGUGUUGAAAAAGUUAGUUCUGCUGAAUCUAUAGAAAUGGUUGAAUCACUAACCACUCAAGAGAAAUUAGAACUUGAAGAAUAUAAUAAAAAUAUGGGAAAAAAUCUUGACGAAAUUCAAUCUGAGACAUUUAAAGUUAAUGUACCAACUGAAGAUAAAGAAAGUAUGUCCGAUCUCGUUAAACAAACCGUAGAGUUAAAUAAAAGAAUUGAAUUAUACACACAAGAAAGACAAGAAGUAUUAGAUAAAAUGAAUAAAGUUUGUGCAGAAAAUGAAGAAUUGCAGAUGAGAAUAAAAAUAUUAAGCACAGAAUGUGAGAAUUUGACAAAAAAUGUUGACAUUUUGGAAAAAGAAAAAAACACACUUAAUUUGUUAAAUGAAGAGUUGAGUAAUCAAAUAGAAAUUCUGAAACGUGAGAGAAUAGAUAUUAUGAAAGAAACUAUAGAAAUACCUAAACCGUUAGCCAUAGAUGAAGGAAUAGAGGGAACAAAUGUAGAGGCACCUCAAGAUGAAAAACUUGCUGGUGAUAAGGCAAAUAAUAGAUCAAAAUCUAUUAAACAAUUGACUAAAGAUAUACUUAAAUUAAAAGCAACUAUUAAGGAGCGUGAAGCAGAAAUUGCUGACUCUCAGAUGAAGAUUCUAUCAUUAGAAGAACAGCAAGAAAAACAAAAAGAACUGGCUCUGAAUAAUAAUACACUUGAUAAUAAAGUGAAGCAAUUAAUGGAAGAGAACUCUCAGCUAAAACGCGACUUAGAAACUGUACACAAAGAUUUUGGAUUUGAUCAACAGUACAAGCAAGCUAAUGAUGUAUUGCAGCAAGAAAUGCAGAAAAUACACCAAGAAUAUUCUAUGGGAAUUAGUGCUCGGGACAAUAGAAUACAUGAAUUGGAAAACCUUCUUGUGGAAUAUGAAAAACAAAUGUUUAGUUAUGGCAACUCUUUACAGCAAAAAGAUAAAGAAAUAGCUGAAUACAUUAACCAAAUUACCAAACUUAACGACGUGUCGCAAAAAUUAAAAUCUACAAUUGAUCUUCUUGAAGAAGAAAAGUCUAAGGAUCAAAGUGCAGAAUUAGUAAAGUCUCUGAAUAAAGAAAUCAUAAUGUAUCAAAAGAAAUUAUCAGAGUGUGAAGAUAAAUUAAAAAGUUUAGAAGAAGAAAAAGUUCAACUAUUUGCUGUAAAAGCAGCUUUAGAGUUGCAAAAUAAUGACUUGGACUUAGAAUUAAAGAAUUUGCAAGAUUCCUUAACCCAAAAACAAACAGCUAUCAAAGAAUUACAAGUGCAACAACAGAAAUAUGAAGGGGACUAUUCAACAAUUAUGCUUGAGGCCAAGGAACGCGAUGAAGAGAUUCACGAAAUUAAACUACAAUUAAGAAAAGAAUCGAUUGAAAAUGAAAAGCUGCGCACGGAAAUUUCUCAAAAAAAUUAUGAAACAGAAGAGCUUAAUAAGCGAUGUGAUCAAUUGAAUCAAAAGCUUACUACCAUUUCCCAAGAGAAAGAACAGUUUAUGGGUUUGGAAAGUAAAAUCGCUGAAUUAUCAUUCAAACUAUCACAGUCAAUUGCACAAGUAGAAGAAAUGUCAAAGGAAAUAAAAUCUAUCACUGAAAAUAAUGAACAUUUGAAAAUUGCAUUAGUUAAAAAAGAUGAUCAAAUAAAGCAAUUAACAGUGAAAAAUAAAGUAGUUUUUGAAAUGAACAUUCCGAAAACUGAAGGUAUGACGAUCACGUCUACAAUAGAGCAGUUAAAUGAGCAGAGUGAUCUCGAUUUAGCUUCCCUUCAUUCUCAAAUUGUGUCUGAACAAUUUGUUGAUGAUAUCCAGCCUUUACCCAAAAAAGUGUCCGAGAGUGGUCGUCUAAUCCAGGCAGCACAAAGUAGUUCACACCCCCUUGAAGAAAUCCAUGAACCAACAAUUGUAGCUAAAAAGUCUUACGAUUGUUAUAAAGAACAAGACAGUGUUGCUGAAGAUGAUCCAUUUAGUUCCCAAGAAGGAUGGGGAUUUGGUGGCGAAGAAGCUGAAGACGCUUCACUUGGAUAUUCACAUUUCAAUGACGAGAUUUUCCAAUUAAAAAAUGAAAACGAAAGAUUAAAAGGCGAAGUAAAUUCAAUAAAUACUAAGUUGUUAAAAGCUGUUAAAAAGUUAAAGGAACUAAAAGCUGCGAAUGAAGUGCUAUCAAAUGAGCUUAAAAUAUCUAAGCAGUUAUCGGAGAAAUCCAUUCUUGAUACGGCAAUCGAAAACGAGCUUGCCAAUAACUUAGAAGUUUUAGAAAAGAAGGUGCAAGAUCUUAACACUGAAUUAGAAAAAGAAAAACGAGAAAAAGAAGCAUUGAGAAAACAAAAUGAGAUAUUUAAAAACGCUAACGACCGUUUAACGGAAAUGAAAGAGAAAAUGGAUAACGAAGUAGAAUUAUGGAAAUAUAAUUUUAAACAAGCAAAUGAUAAAGUUGCUGCGCUCCAAUGGGGUUCAGACUCGCAGGAUUCACCUGUACUCAAAAUGUCAUCAUCUCAACAAGAUAAACCGGUUAAUGAAGAAGUAAUAAAACUUGAAAAAGAGAACGAAGAACUACAAUCAUUACUAGAUGAACUAAAUAAUAAAAAUAAAGAGAUAACAGAACACUGUAACGAACUUAUAAAUCAGAUCAAUGAAUUGCAAAAUACGUUCGAAGCUAGAAUAGAAGAAUUAACAAAACAACUCCAAAUCAAAGAAGCCGAAAUAUAUCAAAAAACGCAUGACUAUUCCAUUGUAAUAGCACAACGUAAUGAAGAAUUUGAAAAUGUAAGGAAACAGCUGAUUGAAUAUGAGAAGAAAAUUGAAGAAUUAACAUACGAAAAAGAAGCAGAAUUAGCAGUUAUAAGAUUAAAAAUGCACGAAAGUAGGGAACAAAACGAAAAAAUUCAAAAAGAGUUAGAAAAUGAGAAGAAUAGUUUGACUGAAGCUCUAAAUGCUAAAAUUGUUGAAUGUACAAAUCUCAAUAAACAGAUAAAUGAUUUGAACAUAGUUUUACAAGAAUAUGCAAACAAAUCUGCAGAAAUGCAAGAAGCAUUAGAGAAUCAAGAGUUGGAAAUAGUGUCGUUAAAAGAUGAAAUAUCGCAUAUGCAAGAUUUGAUGCGGUCUUCGAGUAGCAAAAUAGAAAAGCAUGUGACUUUUUCUUCGGACACUAAACCGAGCCCAGAUAGUUCGGCGGCUAGUUUCAACAAAGAACUUUUGGAUGCUGUACCUAGGGCCGAGCUUGAUAUAGCCUUAUAUAUGCUACAUCAAAGAGACGUACGCUGUGAAGAAUUAACCAUGGAGUUGACACGGUUAUUGGAAGAGAGAGAUACACUUCAGUUACGACUGUCAGACAGCUUACGAGCGUAUGAGGAAUUAAAGUCGAAGAAUAAGCCAACAGAAUCGGACGUCUCCACUGAACUCGGCCAGGACUCCGUUUCUGAAUUGCCUACCUUCAGUAUAGAGAAGGAACAGCAUCUCGUCGAUACACAUCGAAGAAAAUCUUCAAGAAGUUCUAGCAUAAGUGAAUUUGACGGAGAAAAGCCUCAGCUGCAAGCAAAGUUGUCGGAACUACGAAGUGUUAAGCACAGCAGGGAUGUAACACUACGGCACGACAGCGAACAAAGACAACUUGGAAUGCGUCUGCUGCAGCGUGACGUGGCAAAUUUACCACCCGAAGCUCUAGAGCAACUCACCCAAGCUCAUCAUACUUUAUCGCGGGACACGCAGAGCACUCCUACAAUGCUUCUAAAUUGGCUGCGAGGCAAGAGCACUCCUAAGGUUGUGCAUAUG